AUGUCCGAGUCUGUCUCCAUGCCCAGUCCUGGCACCUCAACAUCCACCGCCGAGGCCAGCACCAUCACACAACCAGUGGUCUCUGAAUUCACCACCAAUGAGACAACCGAGACAUUGGUUCCUCCCCAUCCAACCGGUACUGCAUUCACUAGUAUGGAGACAACCAUGGCAAGCUCUCCUUCUCUUCCAAUGACAGAGACAUCUACACCCAAUACAAUAACAGUUUCAGUGCACACCACAACGGAAACAAGCAACACAUCGUCCAGUGAAAGUCCGAUAAGGACAUCGGUCACACAGCCAGCGGUCUCUGAAUUCACCACCAAUGAGACAACUGUGACAUUGGUUCCUCCCCAUCCAACUGGGACUGAAUUCACAGGUACGGAGACUACCAUGGCAAGCUCUCCUUCUCUUCCAAUGACAGAGACAUCCACACACAAUGCGAUAACAUCUUCAGUGUACACCCCAAUGGAAACAAGCAACAGUGAGACAACCUCAGCCACAUCCUCUCCACCCCCAAGGCUGACCAGCUCUUCCGCCUACAGCACCUUCUUGACUUCUGUCUCUCAUACAACCCUUUCUGAAACCACGUCCAGUGAAAAGACUUUGGCAACAACGGUUUCUGCUCCAGGUAGCAGCAGUCCUGUCGCAAACACCACUGGUGCAAGAACCACAAGGGCCGGCUCCACCACGCCAGUCCCCGUGCAGUGCCAGAACAACGGGACUCUGCAGGGCUCCCAGUGCUUCUGUCACCCAGCCUUUACGGGGCAGAGCUGUGACGUGCUGAGAAACAACAUCACCAUAGAUGAUGUUGUGGCAGUGAUCCACAUCAGCGUGGAGGUGGUGAACGCGGUCUUCAACCUGAGCCUGGAGAACCAGAGCUCCCCUGACUUCAAAGCUUUCGAGACCCGUUUUAAGAACCAGACUGAGAAGAUCUACAGUGAGAUCCCCCAGUACCGGGGGUUGAAGAUAAUUUCGCUGAGAAACGGCAGCAUCAUCGUGGAUAACAAGAUCUUUUUGGCCGUGCCAUAUUCCAGCUACAACAACACGUACACGGAAGCCGUCAGCAACGUCAGCGACCGCCUGAUCCACAGCAACUGCACCUCCAAUGACACAGACAAAUUGUGCUUUAAAGCUGGAGCCACCCAGGUCAACUCGGUCAAUCUGAACAUAGCAGCGGUCUGCCAGAACGACUCCGUCAUCCCCGCGGCGUACCAGAAAUAUUACUUCCCGCUCAACGUGAGCAACACGCUGAUGUGCGUCUCCAACUGCAGCAGCCAGAGCCCCUACGGCCCCUUCUGCAAGGCAGGGGAGCAGUGCUACCUCGGGGCUCAGGGACCCCAGUGCCGUGAGCCGACCACGACAGUAGCAGGGACUCAGUCAACGCCCACGGCAGCUGAGUUCACAGCAAGUGAGACAGCGCUCAGCACCGCGAUUCAGCCCAGCGCAGAAACACCGAGCUCAGCCACCGCUCCGGUCCCAAACACGUCUGCGUCCCCCACAGAGAGAAGCGCACACACCAGUUCUUCAGAGACAUCCACAGGAGAAAGUCUGACGACUGCUUCCCAGUCUCCUCUGACAGCAUCGUCCAGUGAAAGUCCCAUCAGGACGACUGUCACACAGCCAGCGGUCUCUGAAUUCACCACCAAUGAGACAACCGUGACAUUGGUUCACCCCCAUGCAACUGCACCUUCCUGA